CAGUCAUGGGGGCAGAGCUGGGGGGCAGAGGGCAGAGCUGGAUGGGCAGUCAUGGGCUCACAACUGGGGGUUAUUGGUGCAGUCGCCGGGCACAGCUGGAUGAUGGAUUCCAUGCAGGGACACAGCUGGGGUGUCCUGGGGGGAUGUGCAGGGCACAUCUGGGCAGGGGGGCACAGCUGGAUGGGGUUCCCUUGCGGGAGGCUGCAUGGCUGGAGGGGGCCCUGGGCCAGCCGGACAGUUUGUAGGCACUGCUUCAUUAAAACUGAAACCAUCCCAAAAGCCAACAGAGAAUGUGCUCAUUCCUUAUCUGUAAGAUGUUUCUCCUGGGGGCUACGUGGUCACAGACCCACGGGGGGAAGGGAAGGGAAGGGAAGGGAAAGGGUCUCGCUGGGAUCCAGCGGCGUAACGGCACACCAGGCUCCACUGGCGCCUCUGCCCUGUGCUUGCAGGCCUGCGUCAGGGGCUACCUGUUGCGGAAGCGGUUUCAGAGCUUGAGGGCAGAGUAUGAGGCCGUGGUGAUGGAGAUCGAAGGAAGCCUGGACCAGCUGGAGUGGAGGGGGCAGUACUUGCUGAUGCCUGUGUUUGUGGAGAAGAAGCCGGUGGAAGUAAAGCGUUCAGCUACACAAGAGACUGUAUCAAGUGAUAAAGCCAGCACAGAAAAAUUGCAGCAGGAAACAUGUCUCUUGGAGGCUUCUGAACCAGAAAGAGACUGGGGCUGUGGCAGCAAUGUGAAACCUACAGCUGAGCUGCAAAGUGAGGAGGUGACUUCCAAAGGUGAAGACAGUGAAGUGAGGCCAAAUGCAGGGACUGAUGCAGAUAAAUCUGCUGCGAAGGUGUGCAGAGCCCCAGCAGAAGGCGAGGAGUGGAAGAACAACAUCAGUGUUUCCUCUGUAUGGGACAGCCCCGUCAUGGAGACGGAGUCCCCCGGAGCCAGCCUGGAAAUUCCACUUGAGGAUUUCAAGGAGCUUCCUCAGACUGUGCCUGGCCUCGUGUCCUAUAGAAAACACUUGAUCAUGGAGUUGCUGUGGUUGCAACAAGCUAUUGUGAGCCGUAAAAAUUACUUGAGGCUGAAAAAGAAGCUGGGGACUCCUGACCUGUAGGAGGAUAUUCCAGAGGAUGCAGGAAAUUUGUAUUGCUGUGGAGCAGCAGCUGAGCUGGAGGACCAUAGUCAUAGCGUGACCUCAUGGACAGCAGCAGCCUGGGAGAUCUCCAGUUCCAUGGACUGAUGUUCUCCACUUCAGAUGAAUGUGGCAAGAAAGCCUUUUCUUUCUUUUAAAUGUGAACAUUUGGUCAAAACAGGGAGGUAAAUUUCACUGCAAAACCAGGGAGGUUGUGUGUCUGGAGGGAGUCCUAGUGAGGCCUCCUCCCACAAGAACCCCAUUUCUGGUGGCUAAGCUGGAUGCUCCUAGAGGUAAAUUGAGGCUGGGAAGACUGUCACUUACAGAAGGUGUUUUUUGACCAGCUCCAAGUGACCAGUUGAUUGCUUGUUGUUGAACUAAACUGCUGGAUGACAGCGGGUGCUUUGAACCUACAGGAACAAGUUCUCUGCUGAAUUAGGAGUGACCAAUAUUGGUAUCUGAGUUGUAUAUUUGGGACGAUUCUGUUUGUCACAGCUUUCCAGUAUCUGGGAUCUUCAAGCAUUUGUGGUAGGUUUUGGGGAACACCUAUGUGAAGUACUAAGUUAGGAGGAAAGUUUCCUAGCUUUCUGGUGCUAUUGGUGGGAAGAGAUGGCACAUCAAAUCUGACCUUUAGGAGAUGAGACUGGAUUCCUAACUUGCACGUCUCUGGCAGUGGUAAUACCUCUACAUGUGGCCAAGUCGCUUGGACCAAACCCCUGUUGUUUGAGGGAACAAGUAAGGACUUAGAGGGUUUGGUGUUAUGCCUUGAAAGCACUUUCUCCAAAGAUAUACUUUGCUCUAGUUUGGGGGUGUCUGAGGCCCUCAGAAAGGGAUUUUCACACAGUGCUGUGGUUCCUUGUUAUGACCCUGAGCAUUCUGUGCGCUCUGUGCUCCUACUGCCUGAACAGACAAUCUUGCAGUAUGGUGGCUAAAGCUUUUUGUUCCUGAUGAUGCUGACUUGUUUGUGAAUAAAAGUUUUCCUGAAGUUUGUUUCCGAA